GAGACAAACUGAACUCUUGGCUCAUCCUCUGCGGACUGUGUUGCAGUCAGUAUAACGGUGAAGCCUUCUCUGCACAGAGAAUAAAUACUUUAACAACUCCUUCUCUCAAUGUUUCUUGUUUCAGUAUUAUAGGACUCACUCAGUCCUAUUGAAUCGUUUUUCCACCACAAACUUGGCGUCACGAACAGGAUCCCUUGAAAGAUCACCGGGAACCGACUGCUGACGGGGACUGAUCAUCCACGAGGCUUCUCCUCCUGCUCUGUGCCUCCACACAUUCUGGAGAGGACCGUUCAGUGGUUCCUGAGCAUCUUCACUGGGAUCCUAAAGGACCUGAUUGAGUCCAGAUAGACUUCUAAACAUCCGGUGAGAUACUGAAAUUUGGAAGAUUGACUGAAGGUUUGUUUUGGGGAUUUUGUUUAAUAAAUGUCAAAUUGGGAUUUUAUUCUCCAAUUUGACAUGAUGCCAAAAUGAGUAUCUUACCUUGUUUGGCAACACAGUUGUGAGGGAUAUAGCCUCAGACAUCAGGUCCCUGCCAGAGGUUCAAUUUUCUGUCAUAAUGGAUGGCACUCAAGAUGUUCAGGGUAAAGAACAAGUCUCCAUAUGCCUAAGGUAUGUGGACAAAGAACUUGAGCCACAUGAGGUAUUUGUGGGACUCUACGAGGUGCCAGGGACAACUGGGGAACAGAUGGCAAAGCUAGUGGUUGAUGUGCUUCUGAGAUUAAACUUACCAAUAUCAAGGUUGCGAGGUCAAACUUAUGAUGGAGCAGCCAAUAUGGCAGGAAAGUUCAAUGGGGCACAGGCAGUUUUGAAAAAAGAACAACCACUAGCAUUGUAUGUGCACUGUGGUGCACAUUGUGUGAAUCUUAUAACACAGUGUGCAUGCAGUGCCUCUCCCUUAGUACGCGAUGCAUUGCAGUGGGUCCAUGAUCUUGGAACUCUCAGUAACCAAUCAGGCAAAUUCAAAGGGGUACUGGCUGGACAUGGAAUAGGUGAGGGGCAUAUUAAAAGUGUGAAACCUCUUUGUCCAACUAGGUGGACAGUGCGUGGCCAAACUGUUGACACAGUUCUUAGUCAGUAUGAGGCUAUAUUGACAAGCUUGGAGGAAAUGGCUUUGGCUGUUUCUGACUCUGGUCCCAGAGCCAAUGGUCUCCUGGAACGCUUCCUGAAGGGCAAGACCGUUCUUGGACUGCUAGUGGCCUCUGAGGUGUUGGGAGAGCUUGAGUGUCUAAACAGGUCACUGCAAAAGCAGUCAGAAACAGUUAGAGGUAUGCAGGCUGCUGGUGCCUAUGUCACCUCAAUUCUACAGGAAAAAAUAAGUGAUGAAAAGUUCCAAGAGUUGUUUGAGAAGGCAGAGGCGAUGGUAGAAAAACUUGGAUUAGAGCCAGUUCAAAUUCCACAACAGAGAGCUCCCCCCAAACGAUUCACGGGUAAGGCUAGUCACCACCAGGCAAAAACACCUGAGGAAUAUUACAGGGUUGAAUUUUUCAAGUUGUUAGACUGCUUGGAUUUGCAGUUUAGCGAAAGGUUUAACCAACCGGAUUUGGAGAAACUCAGAAAAAUUGAGAAUAUUCUUCUCUCGGGCAUUUUGGAUGAUGCCAUUGAACCAUACUUUGAAAUUGACAGGGAGAUUCUGAAAACUCAGCUCCCAAUGUUCCGAUCAAAGUGUCCAGUCAGCACCACUAGGGAAGCUGUAGAAGUUCUGAGGGCAAUGCCAAGAGAGGUAAGGGGCCUCUUUGACGAAGUGGAGAAGCUGAUCAGAAUAUUGAUUGUUGUGCCCGUUUCCUCAGCUGAAGCUGAGCGGAGUUUCAGUGCGUUAAAAAGGUUAAAAACCUGGCUGAGGUCAACCAUGUCCCAGCAGCGGCUGAACAAUGUCUCUGUCUGCCAUGUGCAUCAAGCUACUCUGGACAAGAUUGAGCUUAAAGAUGUAGGCCAACAGUUCAUCUCUGUGAAUGAUAGACGGAGGUAUCUUUUUGGUGUCUUUAAAUAAGACAUCAAAAGAGGCUUUAACACCUGCUGAUGUCUGCAUUAACCCUGGAGCUUGUCAACCAUUAGCCCUUGGCCUAGCACGAUGGCCGCAUGUGCACAUACAUUUUUACUUGUUAACUUUUUAUGUUUACUUUAAGCUUCGGUUAAAGUCUCAUACAGCCUUACUUAAGGCAUCGGACCGCGUCCGCAUUCUUGCCCCGUAACGGACAAGGGUCUCUUAAGAAAUGGGCGCAAUUUAUGCAGAAGGGUUGUAAUGGUGUUUUUCAUGUAGUAUAUGUAUUUUUACUUAUUUAGUAUAUAUAUUUCUACUCACUUACUUAGUAUAUAUUCCUAUUCAGUAUAUUGUAUUCAUGCAUAAAUACGUUUGCUCUGACCUUUGUUGAACUGCACCACCAUGUCUCUGUGGUGCAAAAGAAGGAUUCUCUCUGUGUUUUGAGAAUGUUGUA